CUCAUCCGCUCCAUCAACGACCCCGAGCACCCGCUCACCCUGGAGGAGCUCAACGUCGUUGAGCAAAUGCGAGUGAAAGUGAACGACGCAGAGAGCACCGUGUCGGUGGAGUUCACGCCCACCAUUCCACACUGCAGCAUGGCCACCUUGAUUGGCCUCUCCAUAAAGGUAAAACUGCUCAGAUCUCUGCCUGAGAGAUUCAAGCUGGAUGUUCACAUAACACCAGGAACACAUGCUUCUGAGCAUGCAGUUAACAAACAGCUUGCUGAUAAAGAACGUGUAGCAGCUGCUUUGGAAAACUCACACUUGCUGGAAGUGGUGAAUCAGUGCUUGUCUGCUCGAUCAUAA